AUGCAAAUAAAGGAAAAUUUAUAUAAUUGGCUUUGUUCAUUAAAAGUCCUACCUUAGGAUGGAAAGAAAUAUGCAGACAAAGUGGAAAUUAGCAAAGCAUCAUUAUCUCAAUUAGAAAAUGGCAUUGUUUUUGGAUAAUUGCUCAGGGAAAUUGUGAAGUUACGAAACAGGUUCCUUUAUUAAUCAAUUUAAAAGACCUUCGACUCCCUUGGCAAAGUUAGACACUCUCAAAGAUAAUUAGUAGAAAUCCUCAAUCUUAUACAAUUGGAAGAUUCUAUGCGAAGAAUAUAUGAAGGUCGAUAUCCAGAUUGAUUAAGAUACUAAGGCUUUGAUUCUAGGGGGUGAUAAGGAAAUGAUACAUCAAUUACUUUUGGAGAUUUAUGAUAAAUAUUAUAGAGGUUAAUAACAAUCGUAAGUGUCAUAAUAAUCUUAAAUGUUAGAUGACUCAUUAUUAAGUUUGGGUGGAAACACUAAACUUUUAGCUAACAGUAAAAUCUCCCAAGGUAUAUAAUUGAUUAAAUUUUAUUUAGCAAAUUAAUAAGUUGAUUUAUCAAAAUUAGAUCCAAAAAAAGAUUUAAAUAAAACAUCAAAUUGUUUAGAAUUUUUUAUAGUUGCUUUGGCUAAGAACUUGUAACUGUCAAUCAAAUAAUCUGCUGCUUUAUUUACUAAUAAUAACAAAUAUCUUGCUCACAUAUUGGCAAAAGGAGUAAAGGGUGUAUUUGAACCAAUUGUUGCCUUUUAUAAAGAAACUUAUGCAAAUGGAAAUUAAUUAAUUAAGUUAUUUAAUGAGGAUUCCACUAAAAAAUCUCUUACAUUUGCAUUAUAAGUAUUUUAUUAUAUAUUAACAUUAUUAUCAGGCUCUUAAACCAGGAUUAAUAUCCAAAUCAUUUGAUGUAGCUUAUGAAUCAGUUCGUUUAUUCACUAGAUUAGGUUCUAUGAUACCAGUAUAAUUAUUAAGAGAAUGGUUCCUUGAAGAUUAAGGAGGAUUACAUACAGCAUUGAUGGGUACUAGGAGACAUCCAGAAUUAGUGUCAUUUCAUGUUGAGAUGAUAUAAUAGUUUGCUAGAAAUAAUUUUGUUGAAGUAUUUACAACAGGGAUUAGAAAUGUAUUACCUGAAACAAAAGAUUUCAUAAAUUCAAUAGAAUUAAUAUAUAUUCCUUUAAGUUAAAAUUAAGAAUUAGUUUCAACUGGUAUUUUGAAUGAUUGGGUUACUUAAUCUAUAGGAAUAGCAGAAAAUGAAUUUAAAAAUACAAUUGAUACUAGAAUAUCUUCACUUAAUUUUUUAAGUGAAGUACUUGGCAAUAUAGAUUUAGAUGAAUCAUUGACAAAUACAAUCAUAGCUUUAUUAAAAAAAGGAUCUAGAGAUAAAUCAUAAUCUCUUUCUUUAAUGUGUCUUAAUCAUUUAUUUAAGUUACUUAAUCAUUUCAGUCUAUAAAAGAGCAAUUUUGCUCCACUUAUAUAUAAAAAGUAAAUACCAUGUUAAUUGUGUUUAGUUUAACAUUGUCAUUGGUGGAAAAUCAUGAUAACCAAUUAAUAAGAGAAUAUAUAUUGAAUAAUUUCAUUCAUAUCUUUUCAACCAUGGAAGCAGUACCAAUUAAUUUAGUACUUGAGAAUUUGAUCAAAUAAAUGUAAACAUCAGAGGGAGUAACUUAUAUAUUGAAUACAUUUGAUAUGCACUUCUUUAUGUUUGUAUCAAAUCUAAAUAUAGGAAUUAAGAAUGCUAUUUAAUUGUUAGAUUUUUUAGCUAAAAUAUUUUUAAAUAAUCUAGUUUAUUAGAGUUUAUCUUCUGAAAUCAUAAUUAAUAUAUUAUCAAAGAAUGUAGAGAAUUAAACUAUGUAAGAAUUUAUAUUAAAGUUUGUGAAAAUUGCAUUGGCUAUGUUUUUUGCAUCUGAAAAAAAGAGAUAGACAAAGGAUCCAAUUGGUGCAUAAAAACGUAAUUAAAUAGUUGAAAUUGUUAGAACAAUUAUAUAAUUUUAAUAAUAAUUAUUAAAUGAGAAAAUAAAACCAUUAAUUGCACAUACAAAUAUUCAAAUAAAAUAAUUUAGUAAAAGAAAUUCAAAAGGAAUGAUGGCAAUAUUAGAAUUAUUUGGAAAUGCUGAGAGAAUAUUAGAAUAAUAUGAGAUUGAAUAUCGUGAAUAAUAAGCAAGUAAAUUGUAAGGACCUCCUGAAGAUGAUGAUUAAUUAGUUCCAUUUAAUUCUCGAUCUAUAGGAUCUAUUAAAUUAUCAAAAGAAGAAUAAUAUUCUUUAGCUUCAUUAAAAACUACUAAAGCAGAUCCUAAAGUACUAGAAAAAUUAGAAACAUUAAAGAAAUAAUUUGAUGAUAGAACUACAAGUGAGGCAUAAAAAAUAGAAUAAAUGAAAGAAGCUUAAUAGAAAUAAAAGACCAAUCUUAGAAAAUAAUUAGAAAAGAGAUCAAUUGAAUAAGGUGUUUCAAUUACUAAAGAUAGAGAAACUAAUUUAGUAUUUAAAGAUGGAUCUAAAAGUGCAGCUUAGCCAAAUAAACAUGGAUUAACAGAAUAUGAAGUAUGGGAUUUAUAAUUAGAAGAAGAUAGAGAACGAUAUUUAGUUGAAUAACUCUUUAGAAAAUAUCAUAAGAUAUUUAAAUAUGUUUUCUUUAAAUAUGCUAAUUCAGGAAAUAAAAUUAUAAAACCAAAAGAUUUUGAUGAAUUAAAAGAUUAAUCAGAUACUAUAAAUGAACCUGAAUUGUGGGCAUUUCUUAAAGAUUAUGAAUUAGUAUUUAAAGUAUCUAGAGAAUAAGUACAUGCUUUAAUGAGAUCUAUUGCAAUUUAACUUUUGAAAUGUAAAACUGAAUUGACAAAUUUCAAUUAUGAAGGAUUUAAACAUAUUAUUACUUAAUAUGCUUGUAUUCUAUUUACUAAGAAAACUAAAUAUAUUUAACCACAUACUUGUAUUGAAAUGAUGAUUCAAAGAAUGAAAUAAGUUACAGCAGCAAAAGGAUAGAAUACUUAACUUUAUGAUGAUCCAGAUAAUAUGUUUUUUGAUUAAAAAGAUGUUAUUAAAGAAUUCAAUAAAAAAUUAGCUGAAGAUCCAAAAUAUGUUUUACCUGAAGGUUAUAAAACUUAGAAGGAAGAGAUUAUUAAAUUUAAUUAUGCAUUUGAAUUAUAAGAUUCAAAUACAAUUGCAUAUUCAAUUUUAGAUGAUAUUGUUUUUAAAAUUUGUAAUUGUCAUUUAAUUGAGCCAAUAACCUCUAAAGAAUUCUAACUUGUAUGUAGACCAAAUAUGUUGGGAUAUGUAGAAUCCAAAGUUAAAUAAAAUUUAGAAAAAGAUCAUUAUAUGGAAUAAAAGAAUAAAUCAAUGAGGAAAUCUGCUUCUGUUGCAUAAUCUUUGACAAAUGUACCAACUUAACCAAAGAGAAAUUUAGAAAUAGAACCAUUUAGAUAAUAUAGUUUGGGUAUCAAAUUAGAAUUGGCAAAGAUACCAUUUAAUUAACAUAAAUAGAGAUUAUUAGUUGAACAGGUAGCUGAUGUUUUGGAAGAUAUGAUAUUUGCAGUAGAAAACAAUUAAAAAACUAUUACAAGAAAAUGGAAUAUUGUAAAUAAGGUUUAAUAGGAUAAAUUGGAAGAAAAAAAGAAGGAAGAUGAAGAAUAAAGAUUGAGAGAUGAAAAAAUCUAAAAAAAUCAUGAAUAAGCAAAAGCAAAAUUGGAAAAAUUGAAAAAAGAAAGAUAAUAAAAAUAAAAGGAAGAGGAAGCUAAGGCUGCUUAGAAAGAUCCAAAGAAAAUUCGUUAAGAAGAAAAAUAAAAAGAAUAAGAAGCAUAUUUGAAAUAAUAAAAAGAUAAAAUUGCUUAAAAAUAAAAGGAAGAGGAAUAAGAAAGAAUUAAAAGAGAAUUAUUAGAAAAAAAAUAGAAAGCUGAAGAAAUCUAGAGAAAGAAGGAGGAAUUCAAAUUAUUUAAUCAAAAAAAAAUUGAAUAAUAUGGAGAAAUCUUUAAGGCUGAAUAAAUUAAAAUUUAAAUGGCAGCUGAAGAAAGAAAAUAAAUGGAAAUAGAUCAUUAAAAAAUGCAUGAAGCUCUUUAUAAAAAUAUAGAAAAGAAAGGUGAAUAAAUAAAAGUAAAAGAAAAGGCAACAAGUGAAUUAAUUGUAAAAUUAUUUAGAAAUUAAACUUAUUAAACAAUUUUCACUAAUAAUAACUUUAAAUUAAGUUAUUUAUAUGAAUUAUUGUAAUUGGAAUAUUUUAAAUCUAUUGAAAUGAUUGAUUUUAAAUAAAUUCCAUUAAAAUUAUGGAUGUGGUUUGGAGAUAGAUUCAGAAUUUAUCCUGAUAUUAUAUCACAAAUUGAAUUCAUUAGAGUCUUUAAUGCUAUUACAUAUAGAUCUAAUGAAAUACCAGCAUCUUUAGAUUAUGUAGAAUUUUUAGAAGCUCUCUUUAGAAUAAGUAUAAAAGGAUAUGAAUUCUUUAAUAAAUUAGCAAAAAGCAUUAAAGAACCAAAACCAUAAAAAUAAGAGAAUUAAGAAUAGCCUUAAGAUUAAUCUCCAAAAUCAAUAAAAAGAACUUAAUAAACAAAAGAGUUUAUGCUGAAUAGAAUUAAAGAAGUAUAAUCAGAAUAAGAGAAAAGAUUAGAAGCAGCAAAAAAGGAAUUAGAAGAAAAAAAGAAAAUGGAUAAAGAAGCAUUGAUUUUAGAUAAUUAUUAAGCAUUAAAUGAUAUAAUAGGAACUGAUAAUAUUUCAGGAUAAAAUUUUAAUGAUUAGACUUUGGAUGCAUUAAUCACUUAUUUGGCAUUACCAAACGACAAAACUGGAAUUGAGUUGAGAUUCAGAUAUUUGAUGGAAGUAGAAGCUAAAAAGAAACCAAAUAAAAUAAGAAAACAAGGUAAUAAAUAAAUUUUAUAGUUUAGAUGCAUCUAAAAGAUUAGAAGAGGAUAUCAAUCAAUGGAAAGAGAUAAAAACAGUGGAAUAAAAUAGAUAGCCAAUUUCGACAAGUAUUCAUAAUAUUGAUAAUAUUAGAAAAAUCAAAGUAAAGUCCCAAUAAACCUUAAGUAUAAUAAGAUCCAAUACUACCUUAGAAUAACGAGGAAAAUUAAGAAUAAGAAUAAGAAUAAUAAGAUAAUUGA